AAUCCUAACGUUCCAUAUAAAUUUGUGAUUGGUGGAGGUGAAGUUGAUUUUUUUGCAUGGUGGCGGUAUUAGUAUUGCUCCUAUGAUAAAACAGAUCAUGUAGCCACAGAGCCGUCACCCCCACUGCACCCCUAUUCAGUGCAUUAAUCAUUGGUCAAAGCAACGCCGCCAUUCAUGUUGCGUCUGUAAACUGACACGGAGGGAGAGUAUUAAUUCGCACAUUAGUGCAGAAAUUACAAAUAGAAGACACUAGAAUUGUAGGAAAUAUAAUCAUGGAGACCGAGGAGACCGAUCAAGACGUCCUCCGACAAAUUUUGAGUGAAGCCGAAUUGACACAGGUCCCGGACGACAUCGCAACAAAAUUGCGAACACAUUUCAACGAAAAUUUCGAGGAGUACAUCACUGCUAAAGCAGUUUUCCAACAUGGAAAGCGAAAUUACGAAAGAAGAAUUGAGAAACUGGAGAAAGACUGCCAAGAACAUCGGCAGGAAUUGGAAGAAUACAAAGAAAAGUUGGAAUUCACAGAGUCCUACGUAACCGAUCUCCAAUCUAAGUUGAAUGAAGAGAAGGCAGAGAUACAGAAGCUCCAAGAGUCCCUUAAGCACCUUCAAAAAGAAAAUUCAGAUUUUCGCCGCCAGCGCGACGCAGCAGUGGACGAACGUGACACUCUGCAGUUGCAGGCAGAGCGUCGAGACCACGAGGUUGAGCGUCUCCGCACAGAGGUGACUUCUUUGUCGACCCAGCUGCAAGCAGCAGUGACAGCCAAAUGCCAAGCCCUAGCAGAGUCAGAGGAGAUAAAGAGCCAAGAGCUAAACCUGGUUUACAAGGAGAAACGCCUAGAACAGGAAAGGAAUCUCAUCAAUCAGCAGAUGAGCUCAUUGGAGAUUGAACUUGCGAAGAAGACAUCAGAACUCCAGGCAACAAGAUCAGAGGCGUCAGCCAGAAGUCUUCUGACAGACACUCGUUUGACCCAACUGGAAGAGGAAUUGAGAAUUUCAAACGACACUGUGGCUCAGCUGCGAGAAGUGAACGCCAAUUUCCAGAAGAGAUGCGACGAAUUGACCCAGAAAUUGGAAGAGCAGAGGACCCACGAGCUGUCGAUGCACUCAUCUUACAGAGAGGAAAUUGGUGCCCAGACGAGACUGGCUGAUUUAUACAAGGGAAUGGCUGAGGAAUCUAAUGCCAAAGCUGAGGAGUACACGAAUGCUGUGAAGGAACUUCAGACGAUCGUGGAACAAGCGACUGAUCAGUAUGGAACCCUGGAGACAGAGUUUGCCCAAUUUCGACUGGAGCAUGAGGAGAUUCUGGCGGAAAAGGUGACAAAGAUUGAGGAACUAUCAGGAGAGCUGGAAAAGGCCAACGAGUUGCUGGGGAGCUUGAAGCAAGAGAGACUGGAUCAGGCAGUGGAGCAGCUGGCCCCAACAGCAGCCAUCACCAGCAGGAUUCUGAAGAAGGGACUGAGCUUGACGCAGAUUUACACAAAACUAGUGGACACUGUUAACGAGCUGACGGUCGAAAAAGAAGAAAACGAUAAGCUGAAAGCCCAAAUGGAGGUUAUUCUCAAGGAGAUUGAAGACAAAGCCCCAGUGCUUCAACGCCAGAGGAUCGACUAUGAGGCAGCAGUUGCUAAUGUCGAAACCCUGUCAAAUCGACUGGAAGAUCUCUUGAUGGAGAAUGGCCAACUUCAAGAAACUGCUGACGAGGCGACGAGAAUAUCCAAUCACCAGAGUCGUGAGAAUCAACGAUUAAAGACAGAACUGGCUGAUCUCGCUCGUCAGGUCUGUUAUCUACUGAAGGAAGUCCAGGAGAGCAGGACUGGAUCAAGAGUUGCUACUGGGGACGAGUCCACUCCCAUGGAGAUCGAUAUAGCGUCUGCUCAGCUCAUCAGCAAGAGGCUCGUCACAUUCAAAGACAUCGAGGAGCUCCAAGAAAACAACCAGAAGCUAUUGUCAAUCGUUCGAACGUUGUCAACGAAGCAGGAAGAAAUGGAGCGUUCCAAUGACGAGCUUCAGUCUGGAGAGUUGAAGGAGAAGCUGGCGAGAUACGUGGAGCAAUUGGACGAGAUGCAGGCAGCCCAGGAGAGACAGGGCAAAAUGCUGGAGGGGUUAAUGAGACAGCGGGACAUGUACAAGAAGAUGUAUCAGCAGGCGUCCAGUCAGAGUGCUGGGCAAGCCUCUAAAGAUCAAGGGGAACCAUCGAUUUCUCAACAAGAUUCCGAAGGUUCCUCUGAGGAUCCUCUCAAGUCGAGUCCAGCACAAUCGGAGAAAUCCCUACAGGAGACCAAAGACAGGACCGUGGAACUCGAGGGAAAGCUCUCUGAUGCUGAGGUUAAAUUGAAGGCCGUCAGCGAUGAAUACUCAACGUAUAAAAAAGAGAGAGCAGCUCACGAGAAGAUGCUGGGAGAUGAAGUUGAACGUCUGAGGAAGGAGGCAGACACCAAUUCCACUAGGUGUUGUCGUCUCAAGGCUCAACUGGACUCUUCUCAGGAACGCUUCAAUCUUCUACAAUCAAAUGUGGCGACGUACAAGUCUCAGAUAAAAACACUGGAAGAGAGAUGUGCCAAUUACAGCACGACCAUUGGCAAGUACGAGCAGAGCAUCAUGCUACUGAAGGACGAGACCAUGUCUGCGCAAUCAAAGCUAUCUCGUGCUGAAGUGCAGCUGGAAAAUCUCCGACAGGAGAGACAGCACCUGAAGGACAACGAGGCACGUUUGCUGAAGGAACGAGAGAUGCUGCACAGGGAGAGGCAGACCCAGGUACUUCUCAAGGCUGAUGUUGAAGCCAUAAAGGCGAGUUUGGAUAGGACACGGGCUGAAGGACAACUGAGGACAGAGGUAAGGCUAGAUGAUGCUAAUAGAGAGUGCGCUGCCUUGAGACGGCGUCUGCAGGAGGAGCAGGACAGAUUUAGGGAGCUGUCAUCGCAUCUUGAACGACAGCUGUCGACAGCACAGGAGAGACUGGUGGAGGAGCAGAGUCUUGGAGAGAGACUGAAGGGAGAGCUUGAGGAGGCCAAAGCAGCUCAGCGAUCCGCGGAAGGCAGGGCUGAUGAGCUGGAGGUCAAACUCAGGGAGGUAAUGAACCAGUCACGAAUUAAACCAAUGACUGCAGAUGAAAAUCUUGCUCAACGUACUCAAGAUUUGGAGCUGCAGCUUGCUGCGACUAAUGCUGAAAUUCGAUCACUUGUGGAGCAGCUGAAAACGGCGCGACAACAAAGCAAGCAAUACAGUAACAUUGCUGAUAGCUCUGAGACGCAGUUGAAGGAAAUUACUGAGCGAUACCAGAAUCAACUGACAGAAAUGGGGGUAGCACUGGAAGCCUCUAGAAAGGAGAGUUGUAGUCUUAAGAGGGACGUCAAGCAGCUGGAGACUGAACUGUUGCAGGCGCAAAGUGGCCAGCAGAUCACUGAUUCGGAAUUGAAGGAGAGAUUGUCCUUUGCCGAGGCUAAGGCUGAGGAGCUGGAUGAGGUGAAGCGCGAACUCGAAAUGAUGAAGAGUGAUCUGCAAGCUGCAACACAGGCAGCGCAUGAGGCUGAGGAGAAGUACGCCAGGGAGAUGAUGCUCCAUUCCAAUGAUCUUCAAGUUCUUGCUAAAUUGCGAAGCGAUACGGAGAACAUUACCAAAACUGUCAGUGAUUUGACGCAGGCUAAGGAUGCUGCUGUUGCUGCUUUGGCAACUGAGAAGUCCUUCGGUCAAGAGCGCGAGCAGCAAUUAAGGAUCAAUAUCCAGGAGAUGGAAAAGAGGAUCGAAGAUCUUGAUAAACAAAAUGGACUUCUUCAUAGUCAGAUUCAGACGCUGGGUGAUAAAACAGCUAUCAUGCAAAGCAGGAGGACAUCCCUCGGGAGCGAUCAGGAGGCUAUGGAUGUAAGUCUCGAAAACAGGAGCUUCUCGGGGAUUGAAGAGGAUUCUAAAUCUACAGAUCAACUCCUGAAGAUCAUCAAAUACAUCAGGAGGGAGAAGGAUCUUGCUGUUAUGAAGCUCGAUGUCGUUCGUGCUGAAAAGAUGAGACUCCAGUCACAGACGGAUAACUUAGAGAAGAGGCUCAAGGUGGCUGAGGAUGCAGCCAAUUCCCAGAGAGAAAAAUCCGAUAUCGAUGUCGCCACUACUUCAAGGCACGCUGAACUUCUCAGGAAGGUCGAGACGCUUAAUGCCAUGGCUGAUUCUAACAGAAUUCUUCGUGGGGAACGUGACACAUUAGCGGCACAAGUGACAGAGCUGACCUCGAAGAUCUCAACACUGUCCCAGGAGGUGGUGCCAUUGAGGGACCAGGUGAGAGAUUUCACAGCCAAGACUGAGCUGUUGAGUGACGAAAACGUUGGGUUGCGGAAUGAAGCUAUGAGAUGGAGGCAGCGUGCCAAUGCGCUGGUAGAACGAGCUAAUAAAGCCAGCCCUGAGGACUGGAGGCGUCUCCAGACAGAGCGUGAGAAUCUGAGCAAAUUGUUGACUUCAGAACGUGAAAUCCACGCCAAGAAGAUGGAAGAGUUCAAUACCUUAAAGGAGGAGAAGGCCAAAUUGGACGAGCAGAUUCUCCAGCUGAAUAAACAGAUCCAGACUUAUGAAGACGAGGUAACGAAAGCCAGUGAGGAGGCACGUAAGCUUGAACAGGACGUCAGUGAUGCCCUCUUAGAUUCAACGGCCAAGUCCGAUGAGCUGGCAUCCCUGAGGAAAGAGCUAGACGACAAGGAGGCGGUUCUCAAUGACAUAAAGAACAAGGAGCUCCAAAUAAGGAAGAUCGCGAAGAAGUAUAAGAUGGAGUACGAAAAACUUGCGAAUCGCAAACCUGAAGAGGUGCCAGUACCAACGAAUCCUGAGGACGCCCAAGCAACUCAAGAGAAGGAGGAACUGCUGCGUGAGGAGGGACGCAAGGAAAUUCGUGAAAGGAUCGCCGAGCUUGAGGGGCAAGUAGAAGAGAUGACAGCGACGAUUACUCGACUUCGUGAGGAGGCUGAUGGACUCAAAAGAGAGAUUGAGAAUUUAAAUAGAGCGAGCUCUGAGAAGGAAGAGAGAACAACGAGGCUGCUGAAAACAGCUAAGACGAGAAUAAUGCAGUUGACUGAAGUCAAAUCCAAAUGUGAGCGGGAGCUCACGGAUUUGAAAGACCGAAUGGAAUCUAUAUCGAGUGAGAACGAUCAGAGCGAACAGAAUGCCAGGCUUGUUGCCAUAAAGUCACAGCUGGAGGGGAGGAUCUCUCGACUUGAACAUGAAAAAGCUGAGGUUAAUUCCGAGAAGGAGACACUUCUGCAGAGGGUGGGACAACUGCAGAGACAGCUGUCCGCUGGGGUGAGUGGAGUAUCAGCAACUAGUGAGCCUCCAACUGCCAAUAUCAAACCAAUGGCCUCAGCCAGGGCUGAGACACCUCUCGCCAGUAUCAGGCCAUUGAACGUUCAGACUAGAACAGCUGCUGUUUUACCCACCACUGCUAACAAUCCUGUGCUGGUGGCUCCUCAGCAGCAACAGCAGCAGCAGCAGCAGCAGCAACAACAGGUGGUGCACACCACUGAGACCAGUUCACCCACCAGCAGUCACACUGAUUAUCAACCGAGCACGAGCACUUCAGUGUCUCAGGCUGGACAGUCCAACUUGAGACAGCUGGCUGUGCAGCCGCAGUUGAGUGAAUCUGCUGAGUCCACCCAGCGUGAGGAGUCUGAGAAUUCUGAUAAUGGACAGCAGGUCCAACCGCAGCCACAGCAGCAGCAGCAGGCGCAACAGCAACAAAGUUGUCAAAAUCAACAGAGCCAACAGCAGCAGGUGCAGAGCCAGCAGACUGUGCAGGGUCAAGAUCAUCAGCAACCACCGCAGACAGUGGCCCUAGUCAGCCCCAGGAUUGAACAGCAAAAUCUUCAACAGAUUCAGCCGACCCCCGGAGAUCAGCAGCAAACAAUUCCCAGCAGUUCUACCCAGUCUGUUAGCACAUCUCAGAGCUCGGGCUCACACAAAAGACCUAGAACCUUAGAGUCACCGGCUUCGGGGUCUGGGGUGGUUGAAGGCACGGAUCUCAGGACUGAUCAGCCAAGUCCCAAGGCCAAGAGAAUUCGCACACAAGAAAUGCCAAGCACUGCGACCAGUGGUUCUGAAGUGGAGUAUCAGGUACCCACGUCCAGCCAACGAGAUCAAGAUGAAGAAGUUGAGGAUGAGUGUGUCGUCGUCGACUGUGAUGAAGGUGGUGGACACAAUCAGGCACCUGAGGAGGAGUUCGAUAACGAUCCUUAUGGUGAGAUGGAGGAGGACGAGGAGGAGGAGGAGGAAGAGGAGGAGCUACCCUACGGUGUCGAGGAAGAGGUCGAGGGUGACAACAACGAGGUAGAGAUUAUGGAGGAUGAUUCCAGAAAUGUUCAAGUACCGAGACAAGCACAGCAAGCCAUUCCCACAAGUCAACCUCAGCAGCAGCAACAACAGCAGCAACAGUCAGAAGCCAUCAGCAGUGCUGGCCCCACUGGGGAGCCACCGACAUUCGCAUCCAGGUCUUCCAGGGGAAUAGCCCCGAUGCCACGACAACAGCAGCACUUCCUUCUCUCCCAGCAGGGCUAUGAGGACGGAGGAGAUGACAGCAUCGUCCCCAGCACUCCAACACUCUUCGUUCCACGGAGGGGGGAUGGGUUUGGUGAAGCUGUGAGCUCCCCCCAGGUCCCUCAGGGACGAUUCACUUUUGGAGACUCUGCAGCCUCGUCUACUCCGUCAUUGGUUACGCCCGCUGGUGGUACUACUGUCAGAACAAUGUUUGAUGCGUCUGGCUCUGGGGUUGCUCAGGUCGUUCAGGAGGGAAUGGACGAUACCAGGAUGGAUUUGACGCAGUUGGAGGAUGGUGGUACUGGCCGAAGUGUUCCAACGACUCCUCUUCAAGUGUCUCCAGUUGCUGAUAUUCCUCCUUCGACCUCGGGGGGACAGAUGGAGGAACAGGAGCCGCCUGUACCUGGCUCUUCAGCAAUCGCUGAAUCUGAUCAGCCCGGUGAGGGUACGUCUGUUCCCAGUAUUCGUGUCACUGAUGAACAGGAGAGUGAAUUAAUGGAAGCGGUCUCAGGAUCCAGCACUACUGCAGCUGGUGUCAGUUCUGAUGGAGUAAGUUCGGAGAGUGAUCAGCAAACUAAUGAUCCUUCUGGGUGUGGCACCGGAGGAUCUGUUGAUGAUGAUUCCGUUGAAACUGGGGGUGACGAAGGCGACGCCGAGGAGGAGGAGGGACGAGAGGCUGAGGCCUCACCAUCCAGCAAUAUCAGACAGAGAAAUACGGUCAGCGCAGGAGUCAAUGCUGCUAAUAUCAUCUCUGGGGACGAAACCAGAGGUGCUGUUACUAGGAGGUCUGCCAGAGCUGCUGCUCAACAGUACAGGGGCAAUCCCAGGGGCGUCAGGACACCAAUCACUUGGGGCAAUCAAGGUCCUAGUGGGCAUUCUUCCAUGAGGGGAGCUCCUACGAGAGGCGGAGGUGUUGAUGGUACGCGGGGCAGAGGCGGCAAGGGCAGGAGAUCUAGACCUAAGUACCCAUUCCCCAGAUAUUAAUUAUUUUUUAGUUAUUUGGCACUGAGAAUUGAGGAUAACAUCCAGGUGGUUGACUGAUGAAAAUUUGAGGGGUUUUGUUUUUUUUAUGAUUCUAAAUAUUUUCUUAUUGAUAUUUCAGUUUUCCUUAUAUUUUUUCUUGUGUAAAACGACUUUAGUUAUCGUAAUUGUGGGGAUUAAGAAACAGGAAAAGGAAGUGAAAAUGAUGAUGAACAGCCAAUAAAUGUAAAAAUUUUUAAUUCUGAUGAAAUUAAUUUGAAAAAAUUAACUGUUUCCUGGAGUAAAUUCGCGGGACUAGCUGGUUCCAUUAAUAAAUUACAUUACUGGAUUUAUUUUUACGAUAAGGGAUCCAAAAAUAUCCAUGGUUGUCGAAGCAAGAAUAAACAAAAAGUAAAGAGAAAUGUUGCUACACGUAAAUACUAUGAAAUGAGGGUAAAUCGAGUAGGCGAAUGACUGAUAAUUUGGAAUGAUCCAUUUUACCCUGCCCACCUCAUUUCAUAAUUUUUUUACAUGUAGAUUUAAGGUUUUCAUAUUUGACGACGGGCUUUCAAUGACCUUCCAUUCCAUUUCAUGGCUAUUCAUUUCAAUUAUCUUUUUUUUGUUUAUGUUUAAAAGGUUUUUAUCUCAGGUAAUACGAUACUGCGCAUUUAUUAUCAGUAGUGAGAAGAGAAAAGUGGUGUUGAGUGUGACAAAUUCAUCAUAGGCUUAGAAUGGGGAUAAUUGGAGUGAAGAAAUAAAUAAAGCACGUGUAUAUAAAAAGGAAUGUCUAUGUGUGAUUCGUUAAACAUUCCUCUUCCUCGAUUUCCAUAAAUAAUACUUGUAAAAUGAUUAUUGAGGUGAUAAAGGUGUUAGUUCUGUGCCUUUCCAUUGAAAAGCCCAAAUUAGCUGCACUUUCUUCCUUUUUGAUAGGAGAGAAAUUACGAAACAAUUCACAAAAUUCGCAAGAAAAAUAGCAUUUUGAUUGAACAUGAAAAAGUAAUAGAUUUGAGACGAGGGAAAAAAUAAAACAAUAAGUAAUUAAAAAACCAUGAUCUUCCUUAACAAUAAUUCAUAUUGUUCAUAAAUAGAUAGCUAUAAAUACAAACAACGAUGUAAUAAAUAAGAUAAAUAAUGACAAUAUAAAUUUUCAUGAACAUACAUUUUUCGCUUUGAAGCCCGCGGAUACCGAAUCCGCAUGGAGCCUGCGAAAUAAUUUUGCUGACUAUAAACACACAAACAAGUAGAAAAAUAAAGGAAUAAAUGAUA